AUGCGGGAUACAUACUGGGGAGUUUCUUUCGAUAUUCCAUUCAUUCUUUGGAAAUACUGGCGUCCUGCCUCCGUUGCUGAGGGUGCUCCACAAACGCACUGCAAUGAUAUUAUCACCAAGAAGACAGCAGCCACAUCGAACUCAGAUACCGAGCUUCUAAACUUGUUCAAAGAGCUCCUGGAGCACCGGGACGAGGAAAGAGGCUCGACUGGCCCUAUGAUCAACUCCAUGAAGCACAGUUUCCCGCUCAACAACGUCACGGACCCGGAGAAAAUAGUAGAGCUCUCAGACGAGUGGCUUUACAAUGAACCGGAAUUCUUUUCGCGUACGUCUGUGAGGAGCGAGAACUCAAGCUCGGCUUCGAGUAUUGAUGGUGGUAGUUUACCAUCGCCCCGCGACACGAUGCAACAGGGGCCGAAAAGAAUUGUGGUUAUCGACGUCGCCCGGUCCAAGAUGUCGGGAAAGAGGGUGCUGGGCCUAGAUGACCUCAUCCAAGAGUUCCAGACAUCGACCGAGCUCGAGAGGUUCAUGCACAGGAGAAGGUCCCCGAGUAACGCUAAGAAGAGGCUUUGUGUUUUGUUUGCUACAUGCCCAGACGCGAACAGAGUCUACAGCCAGACUCCUUCCGAAAAUCUACAUAUGGAGACUUUCGCCAAGAGACACAUCUCAUACUACAAGUUCUUCGACCAGGUAACGGCACGAGCACUAAACAAGUGGACAACUGAAUUUCAUCUAUCAUUCUAUGAAAUCGAUAAAAAAGGGGCAAGCAACAAUGUAGACAAUCAUUUCGUCCAUCCUCAACCCCGAGCUGGGAACGAGGCUUCCGGGAGGCUCACUAGAAUUGCCAUGAGCUUUCGAUUUGACGGCGAUUUAUUUGAUCGAUACUGGACCUGCCACUUCCUACAAUCUGGUCCUCAAAUGACCGACUUCGACGCCAAGAGGGAGGUGAUAGCUAUGCUUCGGUCAGGAGACCAUGAGUGGGCCACAGACUCCAAAGGACCUUGGCGACAACGCAGAGUUUUGGAGCUCCUCAUGUUCGGGAGGAUCAUGCUCCGAAUGCGAGAGUGCACGGAUAACAUCCUGGAAGAUGUAAAGCGCUACGCUUGGCAAGAGCCUGGAGGGGGCAAGCUGCAACAGGGUACCGAGGAGAUCCACCUCAGGUCAUCUACUGAAUUUAACUACGACAACUUUCGUGCGGCGAGCUGGUGGUGCCAGGAAUAUCAAAGGAUCCUCAGAAUGGUUGAGAAGGACAUUCGUGAGAACCUAGAUCAGAUCGAGCUGUGGCUACAUCGAGAGAAAGAUUUCGGGUCCGAGCGGCCACGGUGGACCUACAACGAUGAGUGGAGAUACCGCGGCGUCAUCUCAAAGCUACUCAUCGAAAAUAAUCGUCGCGUCGAGGAGCUCAAACGCAGUUACGCCAGCUUCUCCAGCUUCAAUGUCUCACUUGGCGAGAAAUUUCAGAUUGCUCGUAACGACUUUGACCAGCGGCAAGCCCACAACAUCAGACGAUUUACUUGUUGCCAUGGGCGCAACUUUGCUGCUUCUGUUUUCGUCGAAGACGCUGGAAAGACUCUGCAACCGGUGUUGGAGGGGCCUUCGCCGCCUAGUGGCCCCAGGACUGGAGGCAUUGUUACAGGUCAUUGGGCCAUUGUUACAGAUUAUUGGGUUAUUCCUGGAAUGGGGUCGACUCUUCGUCCUCCAGAGAAUCUUGCGCAGGCAAAAAGAACGGCGUAG